AUGAGUACAGAAAACUCAGAUUCGGGCCCUGGGCUCACGCUGUCGUUGGUGGCUCAAUUCGACGAUAUAAAUCGGUUAAACGGCAUCCUCAACGACGGUGCUGCUGAAGAAUGUUUCCUAGCCUUUCUCAAACAAAUGGAGUGGGUCCGUGGUCAAUGGGCCGCAGCAGAGAAAGAGGCAGCUCGGAUACAGACAGAGCUAGAUGAGGCUCUCCGCACUCUUGCCAAGUGGGAGGCGAAAUUUGCACAUGUGAGGAAGCUGCUUGAUGGAGAGAAGAGAGAGAGGAACAUUGUGCUGAAGAAAUAUAAUGAACUGAGUAAACUAUUGGACAUGGCUAGAGACCUACUGUUCAAUGAUAACCGUGCCAAGCUGAAUGAUGAGACCCUGCAGAAGCUUGCUUUCCUCAAUGGAACUGCUCAACAGGAUCAUAAUGCUAAGCUUAAUUGUGUACCUGAGCUUAAUUCUACAGGCACCCUUUUAUCAGAGAUGUCAUACUCCAGAUCUGAAGAUGAUUUGGAUCUUUCUAUUGCGUCUACUCGCCGGUCGUGGGUGGCGCGCGGAGGAUGGAACGCGCGUGAAAACGCACCUGUACCCAAGAAACGACGGUCUUCCACGUCAUCUGCUACUAAGACAGUAGAGCUGCAAGGUGGCAAAGUGCUGGCCACUGCCACGACGACACUGACACUGGAACGCGCGCCCACCAGCCAUGACCUGAAGCCGCCUAAUAACUUUCAACCUAUAUCGGAGAGCAGUGACGAGGCGCCUCCUCCUCGCAAGUCCUCGGCGCGUCUGUCCGGCAGGAUGCAGCAAUACGUUAAGGAGGAGUGUACACCCUCUGCACCACCUCGCACUGACACAGAGAGUGGAUCAGAAACUCCCCGCGCGGUCCCACAGCGCACCCCGUCCGUAGUGUCGGCCGGGUUCGGGGCCUCUCCGCGGGCACGGCCCAGACAACACAACUUCGUUGCCAAGAACUUCUACAAGAGGGAGACUUGCGGUCCUUGCGGGAAGACUAUAAAGUUCGCGAAGCUGGGAGUGAAGUGCGAGACUUGUCGCGCGCAGGCGCAUCCCGAGUGUCGCGCGCUGCUGCCGUUACCGUGCGUGCCGCCCGGCCCCGCCCCGCGCCGCGCCCAGACACAGGUACUGCCGGACACUGGUCAUUGUAUAGUACUGCCGCCCGGCCCCGCCCCGCGCCGCGCCCAGACACAGGUACUGCCGGACACUGGUCAUUGUAUAGUACUGCCGCCCGGCCCCGCCCCGCGCCGCGCCCAGACACAGGUACUGCCGGACACUGGUCAUUGUAUAGUACUGCCGCCCGGCCCCGCCCCGCGCCGCGCCCAGACACAGGUACUGCCGGACACUGGUCAUUGUAUAGUACUGCCGCCCGGCCCCGCCCCGCGCCGCGCCCAGACACAGGUACUGCCGGACACUGGUCAUUGUAUAGUACUGCCGCCCGGCCCCGCCCCGCGCCGCGCCCAGACACAGGUACUGCCGGACACUGGUCAUUGUAUAGUACUGCCGCCCGGCCCCGCGCCGCGCCGCGCCCAGACACAGGUACUGCCGGACACUGGUCAUUGUAUAGUACUGCCGCCCGGCCCCGCCCCGCGCCGCGCCCAGACACAGGUACUGCCGGACACUGGUCAUUGUAUAGUACUGCCGCCCGGCCCCGCCCCGCGCCGCGCCCAGACACAGGUACUGCCGGACACUGGUCAUUGUAUAGUACUGCCGCCCGGCCCCGCCCCGCGCCGCGCCCAGACACAGGUACUGCCGGACACUGGUCAUUGUAUAGUACUGCCGCCCGGCCCCGCCCCGCGCCGCGCCCAGACACAGGUACUGCCGGACACUGGUCAUUGUAUAGUACUGCCGCCCGGCCCCGCCCCGCGCCGCGCCCAGACACAGGUACUGCCGGACACUGGUCAUUGUAUAGUACUGCCGCCCGGCCCCGCCCCGCGCCGCGCCCAGACACAGGUACUGCCGGACACUGGUCAUUGUAUAGUACUGCCGCCCGGCCCCGCCCCGCGCCGCGCCCAGACACAGGUACUGCCGGACACUGGUCAUUGUAUAGUACUGCCGCCCGGCCCCGCGCCGCGCCGCGCCCAGACACAGGUACUGCCGGACACUGGUCAUUGUAUAGUACUGCCGCCCGGCCCCGCGCCGCGCCGCGCCCAGACACAGGUACUGCCGGACACUGGUCAUUGUAUAGUACUGCCGCCCGGCCCCGCCCCGCGCCGCGCCCAGACACAGGUACUGCCGGACACUGGUCAUUGUAUAGUACUGCCGCCCGGCCCCGCCCCGCGCCGCGCCCAGACACAGGUACUGCCGGACACUGGUCAUUGUAUAGUACUGCCGGACACUGGUCAUUGUAUAGUACUGCCGCCCGGCCCCGCGCCGCGCCGCGCCCAGACACAGGUACUGCCGGACACUGGUCAUUGUAUAGUACUGCCGCCCGGCCCCGCCCUGCGCCGCGCCCAGACACAGGAGGGCUGCAUCUCAGACUACGCCCCUUCGACCCCGCCGAUGGUGCCGGCGCUACUGGUACAUUGUAUCAACGAGGUAGAGAAGCGAGGACUCACUGAGAAGGGAAUAUACCGCAUCAGUGCCACUGACAAAGAUGUUAAGCGACUUAAGGUGGGCAAUAUUACACUUUCUAAGAGAACAGAAAACAUUUUUGUUUUAAUACAUGUUAAGCAAUCAGCUCCGCCUAUGGACAUGGACUCGUGGAACCUCUUUUUUUUUCUGUGGCAACACUGGCGUUGA